CUUUCAGAAGUGGUCAUGCAUGUGGCAUGCUAGCUUAGUUCCUUUUUGUGAGAAAUGCUGCUGCUGCAAAAAAAGAAAAAAAAACACUCCCAUGAGGGGUCUUUUCUGUGAGAAACUCUUAACAACAGUGUGGAACUGGUUUCAUUUCAUCUUCACGUAACUAAUUGCUGCUAGAACAACACGUCUCUGCAAUGCACAUUGCACUGCAAAUGGACAUUUCAAACACAGUCAGACAUCGGUCAAGCGCUGUACUCAAGAAUGUCCUUUGCGCAGCAGCUCAGAUGAACUGAAAAAGUGUGGGAGAAGAGCUAGAGAAGAAUGCAACAAGAGCAUGUCUGGUAACAGCAAUGAAACCAGUACGGCUUCUACCAAAAAGGAUUCAUCUCGCACUCUGGAUCAGCCUUAUUUCUGUACAGUACGGGGAAGGAGGGAGACAUAGACAAGUGGAACUUGCUGGGACGACAGUGUUUCUCCAUUCUGCAAAUAAGGCAAAUAAGACUAUUCCGAGUAUACGGUGGAAAAAAUCGGACACUCUCAUUGGCAAUUUGCGAAAGGCAAAUAAGUCCUCAUAUCUGUGCUGUCAGUUUCAGCCCUCAUCUGUGUGUCGGUGUAUUAUUUUUCCUAAUGGGUCUCUGAGACUUGACUACGCAGCUAAAAAUGAUAAUGGAAAUUACACGGUAGAGUUGCAUGACGAUGUUGGCAAGGACAUUGGAUCUGUGGAUGUUGAACUGUUGGUUCAAGAGGUUGUGAGCUUACCCAAGGUUCUUGUGAUAUGUGGGCAAGAUGGCAACUACAUGAUGACCUGCUCAGUGCCUGAUAGUGAGGGAGUCGAGCUGUUCUGGAUGGACUCCUCCAACAGGACCUGGAAUGCUGAGCAUGCCCUGAGCCUUGCGUCCCACACACCGGGCUGGAUCGUCUGUGUGGCACAGAAUGAACUCAGCAGGCUCUCAAGCCAACCAGUGUCUCCACAAUGUAGAGGGCGCAUAUCAUUGUUGGUUGCCCUUGGAAUGUUCCUCUGUGUUUUAGCAUUUUCCAUGACCAUUAUGAUACGCCGUAACCGGAUACGGAAGGAUGAAAAUGAAGAUGUGGAAGAAAACCCUUAUGUCACAAUGCAUGGCCUUGUGGGGAAGAAGAAGAAGGAUGGGCGCAAAGAAAGUGUGGAGAUGGACACCUCAGUCUAUGUGACCUGCAGGACUUACUGCGUUAGAGACACUGAGGAUGGUAAUGAAGGCAACAUGUAACCAGACUCAUUUUAAAAGAGAAUAUCGGGAAAAAUGCAGCAACAGUGAAUGAACAUAAGACACAUUGAUGAAAGACGGCUAGGUUCAUGGUUCACAGGCUGGCUACAGCAUGGAACAGCUCAACUGCAUGUUUUUAAUUAAACUAUUUAUUUUGCAUAUGUCAGAAUAUCACAAAAUUCAGAGUAUGCUGUAUACACAUGUACAUACCUGGCAAAAAUCUCUAAUAAAUGUUUAAAUGUACUGCCAAA